GAACACGCCCACUAGUUUACACGGCGCGGGUGUCGUCGCAAGGAGAGGGGCUCGUCUGGCAAAAUUUUGUUUUCCGAUCGCUUCGCGCUGCGCUUUCGGGUUGUAGUUUUGUAUCUCCGCGACUUAGUAAGCACCGCGCGCCUUUAGAAACGCCAUGGGAGUCAUUCGAAACGGAGCCAACGGGAAAGGACCUUUCAGCGCUGCAAGUUGUGAUGUCCUUGACGGGUUUAAUAGUCAUGACGAAGGAGACGAACCCGUGCCACUGGUUGUCCACGUGGACCACACGUCCUCGCUUCUGGAGCGAAGGCGGCGCACCGCGCGCCGGUCGAUGCCCGCCUGCGCCGACGUCUCGGGGCUUGGCACCCGUGGCAAGCGGCUGUCAUCCAGGAAAGUUCGGCGCCUUGACAACAAGCACUUCCUUCACGAUCUUGCGGAAGAAGAUGAGGACGCGAUGGGGCAGUUGACCAUUGACGACUUCGUGCACCAAUCGGUGUCCGCCUUCUCCCGGUUGCUCGCCGACCUGGACAACCACGAGGUCUGGGACGAAGUGCUGAACUGCACCGGGCAGCCGCAACCUCUUCCCGAGGACGAUGAGUCCACCGAAAUUGCCAUCGAAGUGGCGAGUAGCCUUCCCGCAUCUGGUGGCUGCUUCCAGAGGCUGGACGCGGCGCUGCGGACGCUGUUGCGGAGGCAGCGUGUCCCCCUGGGCACGCUCUGCCUGCUGGAAUCUGAGCUGUGCCUGAGCUUCGAGCGCGAGCCGUGCGGGGAGAAGCACUACCGGCUGGCCAGCAGCUUCGAGCGCCUCCUGCUGCACGCGCUGUGCCAGUACAUGAGCCUGUUUGCCCACAGCUACGACAUGGAGGGCAAGCGCUGGACCAGGGUGCGAAACAGCGCUGCCGAAUUCUGCCGUCCCUCCGAGUCCCUCUCUGCUUACCUCGAGCGCUACUGGGCUGCACGCGGCACCUGCUGACUGCUUCAAAGAGACGCGUGCAGCUGUCGCCCUCUAUUCUCGCGCAACCCACCUGUUAUAGCAUUAACUGAAUUCGCCUCAUCCUGACAUUCGCCGCCACUGUUGUGUUUUUAUAGCUGCUAACAGCAAGGCUUGCCAUUUUGUGAAAAUUCUCGAUAAGCACCAUAGUUCCAAGAUCAAGAUCAGGCCUAGCUCUUGAUUAGGCCGAGAUCCUGAUGAGGCCUAAAACAUUAAUCGGUCUUAUAUUUCGUGCAACGGCAGUGAUGAAAGACAGAAUGAAGAACGGACGCAGAUGAAAUGAGCACUAACGUAGUCUAAAUUUUUGUUCUGUUCACCACGUUUCAGUGCUACCGCUUUGCGAGAAGCAUCGCUGUAGUGUUUACACUGUCAGACAUUUCUGGAAAUGUGGCUUGCUGCUGCCUUCGAAGCACCAGGUUGUAUGGAUGUUGUGAGUGUGGUCGUUGUAAAACAAUACUUUCUUAAAGCAACCAUUGCUUCUACUUUAUCGUGCAGCAGGUUGCUUAUAAGGACAUUUUUACCUUAGAAAUUCAUUUACAUUGGAGUAAUAGAGGCGAGAUUCCAACUCAUGUGAUGGGUUGAGUUGCCUGAGCCAACUCUUGCGAUCUUUGUCGCGAACAUUGCUUGUUUUAUUGGAAAAAUGGUACAUUGCAGCUCUUUUCAUUGGCUCUAAAAAGAAAAAAAAAAAUUGUGUAUCACACUAGCACCAGAUAGGGCUUUUUCAUGUGCACUUUUUAAACUUGUCUUUGACAUAAUCUUUUUCUAUGUAUUUUUGCUUUCUUUGCAUGCACUAAAUUUACUUCACCGUUCACUUCAAAGAAGUGCAUGCGCACAUUGUUCACAACAUUUGCUGCGGUCGCUUUAAAACUUACACUGUUUACACUGAUAGCGUAAAUUCACUUAGCACUGCAAGUGCUUGAUUUGUGCCAUCACAGUUUAGUUUGUUGAAUUCAGUGUAUUUUCUUCGAAUCGUGUGUGCUUGAAUGUUCAUGGUAUGUUGUUCUGAACAUUCACUCUGUAGUCAUGGUGAAAAGAUGGCUCACAGAUCUCAUGCACGCACCACAGAUUCAUCAAGCAGUUCAAGGGCUCGGCAUUUCUGUCAUGACACCUCAAGAAUUUCAUUAAUUUCAUUCACAUCACUUGAGCAUGUGCAUUAUACAAACGUCAUUCGAUACAUUGUCACGUAGUCGGAAGAUGCGGUGUAGUGUUUUUGUGCAUACAAUGCAAACUACUACAGCUUUUAGAGUGGUCGGGUAUUGCCUUACGACUUGUUUGGUCUAGCUGAGGUGUUCACUUCAAGCAAGUUUGUAGCAGAUUUGCUUAACAACUUCUGGCAUAGUCAUUGCGGAACAUGGUUCACAGCUUUUAAUGUCGACUCAUCCAACAUGCUCAACAAUGCCAUGAUGAUAAUCUGACUCAAGAUGUUCGCCUCAGUUCAGUGCACUCAUUGUGUAGUCAUAUCCUCAGCACUUGCUACCAUCAUUUGAAGAACUGGACUUGCAAAUUUUAUACACACGCAGUGCUAACACAUUCAACACCGAAUGAACCGAAUUUCGACUUCGAGAUUUUGUACGGAAAAGCUGCUAUCUUGUGAAUGUGGAGAAAGUGUGCAGAAAGCAUGUGCCCAGUUUUAGUUAUGCAGCAACUGCUACGCCCAAGUGAAAAUUUUAUUGCCCUUCUAGCUUUGGUAAAAGAAAAGUCACUCUGUGGGACUUGCGUAAUAGAAGUACAUGAACGUAGUGCUUUCAAACAACCGUUUCUAACUUGUUAGCAAAGUUAACGUUGAUAGGCUAGUCAUUACAACGUCGAGAAACGAAUACAAUGUGCUCACGAUUGAGAUAACUUUAUGCUUACAGCAAACUGGAAUGUUGUCAUUCUGGAACAUGGAAAAAAAACAGGAAGUUCUUAAUUAAAGGACUAGACAGCACUCCUAAAAUUUCAUUUUUCAUUUUCAAUGCGAUUGGCUGUAAUCCUAAAUGAGAUUUCUGAGGAUUUUUCUUUCUCUAGUUUUUGCAUCAUUUGCUGACAAUUGCCAGACUUCUAUCGUCGUAAGCGUUAAUGUGUUGCAUGUAACUUGUGACAGGAUGCUCUGCGCUAUCUUCAAUUUCCUGCCAUCGUCAGUGUAAAUGUCAGUGUGGUUGUGUGCAUUUGAAAUUCCUCGGGCCAAAAUCGUCAGUUUUAGAGAGUGAAUGUUCGUUUUUACAUCUGAAUGUGGUACAGUUGAACCCCUCAAUAACGAAAGCCCUCAAGAAGGAAAUUCUCGCGGCAAUGAAGAAGUCUGGUGUCCCCGGCAAACGUCCAUGGAGUUCAAUGCAUUUGGCCCCCCUCAACAGCGAAGAGAUUUUAAAAAGCACUCCCGCAAUAAUGAAAGUGUCAGUGAUCUGCAGAAUUUUUUUCAAUCCAUGGGCUAGUUGGGAACCAAAAAGUUCAAACACUGCAGCACCACUCAUUCGAUAAGUCGGACAGAUAGGCUUCCACCAACAAGCAUCGGUGUGACUGUCGCCGUUUACAUUCGGUCGGAUGAUGAUGAUAACAAGACUUUUUUUUCUGCUGAGGACAGUUUUUUGCUAACGCCCCUGUUGGCAACUACGUCGGCACAUAACGUUUCAAGUAACGACACCCACAAAAGGGACGUCAUGCUGACAGACGUUCUGUAGACUGUCUAGCUGCUUGCUGCCGCACGUCUCUUCUUGUGCACGCUGGGCUCUCCCAUGCUUUCCUUAUGUGCAGCGUUUGGUCUUUCAGAAAGGUGCCGCCUUCUAUGAAAAAGGCAAGCAAGUUCGCGCGAUGUUCUUGGUGCUUUUCGCAUCAUACGCACUUUCCUCAGCAUAUACGACGACAACGAAACUGUGGAAAGCUUAUUAAGCUGUGAGGUUCGAGCCGUCAAGCUCCUUCAAAGCAAAGUGAAACGGAGCAAGAUCAGCGACUUCUUUAAAUAAAUUUUGGUUGUGCAAAGUAAUUGGUGUGCGUAAUUUUCUAUUUUUGACAACGAAAUUCUGCCAACAAUGAAGAAAACUCGCUUCCCCAGCGAUUUCGUUAUUGAGGGGUUUGAUUUCCAUGUGACAAAUGGGAGUUCUUUACAAAAAUGAUGCUACCGGAACAUUUGUGACUGUGUGCCCGAAGAGUUCUAAAACGUGUCUUUGUGGAACACUAACCACUCAUUGCGUACUGUCAUGCAGUUUUUAUCAUCGCAUUUAUCAGUUUCAUACCCCUUUUGGGUGUUCUGCGCUAUUGAAUGAGUUUUAUUACAACUGAACCUUUUGACUCUUGCCAACAAUGAAAUCAUUGUACUAACAUUAGAUUGCACUGUUCAAUAUGAUCUUGAUCACUGAAAGCAAACCAAAAUAAAUCGCCGAUUCUAUUCAAAUUGUAUUAUCCCCUCCUAUCUCGACAUCUAUUUGACAGAAAGAUGUUGCUUAUUACUGAAAGAAUAACAUCCAACUUUAUUUUGAAUUUGGUGUCCGCAUCUCAGCGAAAAUGAUGGGGUGUCAUAAGUUGCUGCUGGUUUUCGUAUGUUUUUACAGUUGCAUAUGCAUGUUGAUGUACUCUGGGCAGUCCACAUUAAUCCAGAGUUCCCCAGUACGGCAUGCCUCAUUAUCAUAUGGUGGUUUUGGCCUGUAAUUUAAUGAGUUUUUCUUUCAUAAUUACAUAUGCACAUAAAAAAGAGCAGGAAACAACUUGCCAGGUCAAGUUUCCUGUUUCUGACUCAUGGUAAUGUACUGAUAUAUUCUUUCUUUCGUGUCCACUUUAAAAAUAAGGUUUGCACUUUUAUUGCUCCCUUCAUUCGUGAAUCAUCUGUCAUGUGAGAAUGUUAACUUUUUGCUUCUCAUUAUUUCCGUGGUGGUUGCUUUGCAAUGUCUUUUUUUGUCAACAUAGGCCUUACAGGCUCUUUUAAAAAUGAAGGUUUUUGAAAUGGCAUAUAAAAAGUAAAAAGGAAUCGCUGACACUAUAGUUGGGUGACUGUGCAGUUCUUGCUUUGUUCCUUUGUUGCAACCUUUUGCAUAGUUUGGAUAAUUUGUUAUAUAUGUUGUGUCAUUGCAAAGUCAUAUGGGGAAUCUGCAGUGAACAGUGACUGUGGCUUGAACCUUGUGUUUUGUUAUAGUAUUGUGUAUUUUAAAAAACAUAUAUUGUACAUUUUUAUAGUGCUGGUUGCCUACUUUUAUGAAUAUAUUCAUGUACAUUGUCCAUCAGAGGGAAUGUCUCAUCUGUCCAUCAUCAGUAAUACCCUGUUCUUGUCAACUUAUGUUCAUUCAUCCAGGAGAGCGAGCGUACAUAACCUUUGCCAUGGAAAGCAGUUGCUUCACUAAGGAAGACUCAUCAGAACACUUCCACAAGUGUUGUAAAAUUUUUCAAAUGUCUGCACUGCUAUGCUGUCCACAAAACCGCAAACAUCGGCAUUAAAGGCGGCAAAGGAAUUGUCUACGA